AUCAACGUGCCAACGUGCCAACAUCCAUCACCGCUGUGUUGAGCCACAUGUAUGAGUGUUUUGAUAUCGGAAUAAAUUGAUUGACCAUGACAAGUCAUCGUUGUUCGGGUGCUUUGAUUGCCCUUGUCUUGCUAGCUGGAGCGGCAGCCUCAGUGGAUGCUUUCCUGGAUGACAUUCUUUCGUCUCCAGUUUCCAAGGAAACUCGAAGGUUUCUCAACUUUGGCUCUCUCUUUGGUUCUGCAACCCGUGCUUCGCCUUAUGACAGGAUUAGUGGCCAUCCAGUAUUCCAGGUCACCACUCCUUGGGGUUCGCCCUAUAUGAACAUGGAACGGUUGACGGAUAUGGAUGAAGCGAUCGACCCAGGCACUGGCAGCAAGCCAGGCUCUCGAGAAGAAUUUCGAUCUGUGGCUCUUUUCUUUAUGGACCCUGAUGAUGCCCUGGCUGUGCACGGCGAGAUGUCCCAGAUGGAUAACAUGGGGCAGGCUGAUAUUCGUAUCACAUCUUGCAGCUUAACCAAAGCAGUCCGCCAAUCGUCCCAUCUCGGGAAUGGACUGCUGACUGGUUUUGCACCUGAUCCCGUCACUGGCAACAUCAAGCCGCCGCGGGAAGGAGGAUCCCUUCGAUACAAGAUUGUUCCACCGAAGCGCCAACUCUUCUAUGCUGCACGUUGCAAAGGAAGAGAACGCGUUGGUCUGUUCUCCGAUAGCCCUGGAGCCGACGCCGAGGCUUGUCUUAUUGGCAACUCGGCAUUGGAUGAGAAGAACCUUCUACGUAGAAGGGAAAAGCGCGAAACCGGUAUCCCCAAAAGAAAGACUGCCAUGCAGCUGGCCAGUGCACACAUGGACGGCUAUACCGGCAUUCCAGUCUUUUAUGCUCCAGAGAUGCAGCGAAAAAUCCCCAAGCUCAAACAGCUCAUCAGUGGUGCCUCUCGAGAAACACCCCUAUUCUUCAACUACGAAGACUUGGAAGAUGCUUGGAGUACCUUGCGCAAGAGAAGGGGCAAGGCAGGUAGGGGAUUGUCUGAAAAGCCCCAGAAUGUAGAAGUUUUCAACCUUUGGGACGUCAUGGCAUCAAUGGAGAAGGAAAUAUACAACAAAGAAAAGAACACAUCCUUCAAGGACAAGGCCCUCAGUGCUGUCGUGAAUCGCGUGGUUGCUCCCAAGGAGGAUGCCGGUUUGGAAUCCAUCACCUUUGUCCCGUCCAGUCGCAGCAUCAGAUACAAACAAAGCAUCACACUCAGAGGAAACGGAAAGGCAAGACUACGACCGAUGAAGGAGUGGGGCUAUAUGACUCAGUAGUAUUUAUAGCUUAGCUUUUACGACUCC